CCCGUGGGUUUGAUGGUUACAAUGAGAGCCGGAUUCCUUGACCUGGUUCUUGUUUUUCUUCACUGAUCCCGGUCUCUCCUCCAUAUUUGCCAACUUGCGGACGAGUGAGUGUCAGAAAAAGUGCCGCAGGACGUCACAGCAUCUGCUGGUAUCGCGCUGCCUCGUUUGUUGCUUUGCAGAGUUGGUAUAUCAACAUCCGGACCCGGACCCGUCGAAACCUGCGUCAACAGCUGCUGUGCGGCCAUAAUAACAACACACAAAUCGCAGAACAGCAACAUCAUCAGCCUAACUAUUACACAAUAAUUAAUCACUGGCGACUCAGCACCUGUGUGCUCGACAUACAUCUUCGCCUCUAUCACUCGACUAAACCUACUGUUUGUGUUGAGUAUCACCAAACACUCACACACCUCAGAACACAAGUCGCCGCCAGCGUUCAAUACGAAGGAAGCCCUCUCUCAAAAUGCGCCCCUCUCACAUUCUCGCCAUAUCCAGCGCCAUUGCUGUCCAGGCCAAUACACUUGUGCCUGCCCAAGGGGUCGAGACGACCGUAGCGGUGGAGGAAUACGAGCCGCUCACAACGCAUGUCAGACAUGCCGUACCCGGCAACUCGACAGACAUUCCUGCCCACCCGACCGCAGGUGUCAUCAAUGUUACUGGCAUCUCGACAACAACCAUUGCGGCACCUACAGGAUCAGGGCUCCCAUCCAUACCUGAUAUGGGCGCCUUCUCUCAGCCAAUGAAGAGCUCAAUGGCUGGCUUGUUAGGCUUUUUCAUCGUUGGCCUAGUGCUUUUAUAGCCUUGUGAGCUGAGCACGACGUUUGAGUAUUCGUCGCGCCAGAGGAUACAUUCGCAUACGAGGGGCGUUAUUUCAUGGCACGGUUGCCACGCAUUCUAGAUACCAGGUAGCGGGGUUCAGGCGUUUCAAAGGUACAUUUUUGGAGAACAGCGUCGUUAAUGAGGCAUCAGCGAGCACAUUGCUAA